AUGAAUACUACCGUGCAAUCCCAACAGCAUGUAUUGAAGAGACAAGUGAAUUCUAGUGACGACACUAAACCAGAACAAUACAACUAUCAAAAAGCAUUGAGUACAGUCGGAAUGAGAGUCAGACAGAAAAUCGAUCAAGGUUAUAAUAUCCCAUUCAAUGCUAAAAACAAUCCUUCAUUACAAUCAAAUAUCAAAGAAUAUGCAGGUCUCAUCGUACCCCAAUAUAGACAGACAACCGCAGGUGCAAAUUUUGAACCACCAAUGCUCGUCAAUCAAAGAACUGUUUCCACUGCCUCCAGCUUGGAGAUGUUCAACGAUUUAGAAAAUGACAUUGUAUGUUCAAAUGGUAAGAGAAGAAACUAUUGA